AUACCAGGCGGGAGGGCGGGUAGGCGGUUUGUAUCCGGGCUGAGAGGUGCUCGGAGCCUUCGCGGACCUUGCUGCCGCUGUCUCUUUAACGGGAGAGGAAGCGAUGCGGAGGGGUGGAAAAUGGCAGAGCUGCAGAUGUUACUAGAGGAGGAGAUCCCAUCGGGCAAGAGGGCACUGAUAGAGAGUUACCAGAACCUGACCCGGGUGGCGGACUACUGUGAAAACAACUACAUACAGGCUACAGACAAGAGAAAAGCUUUAGAAGAGACCAAAGCCUACACAACCCAAUCCCUAGCUAGUGUUGCUUAUCAAAUAAAUGCAUUGGCCAACAAUGUACUCCAGUUGCUGGACAUCCAAGCCUCUCAACUUCGGAGAAUGGAGUCUUCCAUCAAUCAUAUCUCACAGACUGUGGACAUUCAUAAAGAGAAAGUGGCUCGAAGAGAGAUUGGUAUUUUGACAACAAAUAAGAAUACAUCAAGAACUCACAAAAUAAUAGCACCUGCAAAUAUGGAACGCCCUGUAAGGUAUAUUCGGAAACCUAUCGACUACACAGUUCUGGAUGAUGUGGGCCAUGGUGUCAAGUGGCUAAAAGCCAAGCAUGGAAAUAACCAGCCUGCAAGAACUGGCACACUGUCGAGAACAAAUCCUCCCACUCAGAAGCCACCAAGUCCUCCCAUGUCAGGCAGGGGAACGUUGGGACGGAAUACUCCUUACAAAACCCUGGAACCUGUUAAACCCCCGACAGUUCCUAAUGACUACAUGACGAGUCCUGCUAGGCUUGGAAGUCAGCAUAGUCCAGGCAGGACAGCGUCUUUAAAUCAGAGACCGAGGACACACAGUGGUAGUAGUGGAGGAAGUGGAAGUCGAGAGAACAGUGGAAGCAGCAGUAUUGGCAUUCCCAUUGCCGUGCCUACACCUUCACCACCCACUAUUGGACCAGUAAACAUUUCUGUCCCUCCUCCUUCUGGAGCUCCACCAGCACCACCACUUCCACCACUUCUCCCAGUGAACACUGUGAUAGCAGCCACGGGCUCAGCUCCUGGUUCCCAGUAUGGCACAAUGACCAGACAGAUUUCUCGGCACAACUCUACCACUUCUUCAACAUCUUCUGGUGGAUACAGACGAACUCCCUCUGUGACUGCUCAAUUCUCUGCUCAGCCUCAUAUUAAUGGAGGCCUACUUUAUUCUCAAAAUUCAAUUUCUAUUGCUCCACCCCCUCCCCCUAUGCCUCAGUUGACUCCACAGAUACCUCUCACAGGCUUCGUGGCCAGGGUGCAGGAAAACAUUGCUGAUAGUCCAACUCCACCACCACCACCUCCACCAGAUGACAUUCCCAUGUUUGAUGAUUCUCCACCUCCGCCACCACCACCUCCAGUGGAUUAUGAAGAUGAGGAGGCUGCAGUAGUUCAAUAUAAUGAUCCAUAUGCAGAUGGGGAUCCUGCUUGGGCCCCCAAGAAUUAUAUUGAGAAAGUUGUUGCAAUAUAUGAUUAUACAAAAGACAAGGAUGAUGAGCUAUCGUUUAUGGAGGGUGCAAUCAUUUAUGUCAUAAAGAAGAAUGAUGAUGGCUGGUAUGAAGGAGUCUGCAAUCGAGUGACUGGUCUGUUCCCUGGGAACUAUGUUGAAUCAAUCAUGCACUAUACUGAUUAAAUUUUUUGCUUUUAAAGUAGAUUCUCAUUAUUACCCAGUCAUACUGUGGGACUGUUAUGGUUAACAGAAUUGUCUUAAUGUUUUAAAAUUUGCUGAUAUUUUCAGGUCGUGCUGUUUUACGGUAUAAUUUAAUUGUCAACCAGUAAGCAUAAAUCUUUGAGGCAGUUUGUGUAUUGAACAGCAGUUUAUACAAGAAGCUGUCCAUAACUGAUUAUGCUUAUGUAUUUACUUACACAUUGUUAACUUUAUGACCAGCCUGAAUAUUCUGGGGAAAUGGGGUAUAAUAUUUAAAUCAUGAUUCAGAUUGUACCAUUGUAUCUUUCAGUGCAGCAUGGUUACUAACACUGUCAGACUAAUAUUAAAAAUCAGAAAAUUUAAAUGAUGGUGCUGGUCAUUAUUUUUUGUUUAGAUUCUCUCAUUCUUGAACUAUACUUGUUUAAAGCAUGCAUACAAAUUAAUGUAUUGAAAUAUACUUUUAAAAAAUCCAAGAUGCUUCCAAUUUGUGUAAUAUUUACCUAGGGUACUCAUACUUUAAAUCUCUUGAAAUGAAUUGAGUCUCUGAGGUCUCCAUGUGAAACAAAGGGUGAUCUGUAAUGCUGUAAUUUGUACCUAAGUUUUUUAAUGAGUAAAUUUGCAUUAAGAAUUUUUUUCAUUGAUAAAUACAUAAGUGAACCAAAGGUCUUUGUCCUUUCCUUCAUUGGUUUGCUUUAAAAAAUAAAAGAUGCUGAUUUAUUGGAGAAUUAUGGUUCUAUUUUCUCAAUAUAUUGACUGUGGAAAAAAUUUAGCCUUAUCUCUAUCUGUCUCAACAGCAAUGUGACUGAUUAUUGCAGAUUUAAAAUCAGAGAUGGUGUAUUUACAAGUCAAUCUACUGAAUUCUUUUUCUAAAGCAACUUUUUCAAAGCUAAGAAAAUGUGUCAUAAUGUGCACAACAUUCAUUCUAUAGGUAAAAUUCUUAAGGAUUGUAAGAUUAAUCCUUCAGUUUUACUGUGGACUCUUGUAUAUUGGUUUAAUGAAAAGAAAUUAUAAGUAUCUUUUACAUACUAAUUUUGUAAAAGUGAGUGCAAUUAAUUUUUGACUAGGUACUAUUUAACCCAUUAUCUGGUAGUAGCAAUAUAAAAAGAUUUUAAAAUAGUUGGGAAAGAAGGUGAGUCAUUAAUCAGUGAACAGGGAUAUACUUGACCAACAGAUUUGUAUUGUCUCUUGACAUAAGUGAAAUACAACACAUGCACUUUGUGUGCCCCCUCUUAAUUUACGGGACGGUUAGAGGGAUAUUUUAUCUUGUGUAUAAUUCUAUAUUGCUUAGGGUAUUAGAGUACUCGUGUGGGUUUCUAUGAAUUGACGGUUUGUUUGGAUUUCAAAUUACAGUUACGUACUGGGCAAUACAGACUUCUAACAGCAUAGUGAAUGGUGGAAGACAUUUAUUUCUGAAAAUUAAAGUCCAUUAUUGCUACUAAAUCAAUGUGACUGCUUCAUAUGCAUUUUACCUCUGUUAAUUUUAAACAUGAUUUCAGUAUCAUUAGUGAUUAGCUAGCUACCUUCUGCUUUCCAUUUUUUGUGUGGAAUGUUCUCUUAAUUUGUAUAUAACUGUUUAAAUUUUAUACACAGCCUUUUGUAAUAAACCAUUCUCCUGUAUAAA